AGAGAGAGAGAGAGUGAGGGAGCGUUGGAGCGAAGAGAGCGCUCGUGUGUGAACCUCGUUGGUGAGAGAAUUUCAGCGGCUCCGACCACCACCAUUGUCUUCUGCCUUUUUUUAUUCUUAUUCCCUUCUCAAUCUCUUCUUCCCCUUCCCAAGCCAAAGCAUCCGUCUCUGGCGCUUUGUAAGGAGAGCUCUCAUCAAAAUUAGAACUUGCUGAUUUGGAGCACAAAAGACGGGAUAUUUGGGUUUAUUUUUCAAGACGGAGUCAAAAAGGAUAUCUCUUAAUAUCACACUUAUACUUCGAGCACUCUGGCCAUCACUGCGGACUAUUAUCCUUACACCUUGAGAAAGGUGUGGGAUCAGAAGGAUGCUAUUGUCCUCCUAUAUUACUUUUCUCUCUAUGCCCUGCAUCUUUGUCAGCCUUUCUGUUGUAAUCAGAAGGGAUCUCCAAUCGACAAUGGCUAACCCUUGAAGGCUAUGCGAUCCUAAUUUGCAUUUCUACAUUCUCAGCUAUCACUUUCCUCUCCUUUUCGAUAAUACUGUAAGAUUUGUAGCAGAUAUCAUAAGUUAUGUAACAUAUCUUAAGGUUGGCAACAUUGUGAUAUAUUUCAUUUCCCUUCACUGUUUUAUUGUCUAAAUAUUGCAUAAUGGCAAUAUUUUCUUGUUUGACUUUGUUUUCGGCUGGAAAGAAGAAGAAAUCUAAGAAAUCAGUCAAAGGCCUGGAUGAUAGUAAUAUAAGUAUCAGUGAUGGUAAAUUUCACGUUAAGUCAAGCAAUCUGACUACAUCUUCCACCGAGAAUGGCAUCCAGGAGUCUCAUAUUCCAGUUUCAAAGUCAUCUUUUCCUCAUGGGAAAAGAUCGACCUUCAUUUCUGAGGCACCGGUUAAUGAAACCUUGCCUAGAGCUGAGUUUACUGGAGAGACAGCUUAUGAGGGGGGUGAUGAACAUGAUGAGAUUCAAUCAAUGAAGAGAGAUUACUCUGACUUUGAUCUCCAAGCCAAAGGUGAACUUGCUUCCCAUGGAUCAAACACUGAUUUAAACAAUUAUGGUUUUGAGAACAAGGUGGAGACAGAUGAAGGGAUCAGCCCUGAGAUAAUGCUUGCAAGUGGGCAUGUAAGUGAUCCUGGUUUGGAGCGGACAGUUUUCAUUAGAUCACCAGUUCUUAAGCGCUCAUGUUCUAAUAUUGAGACUAAGAGAGCUACUGAAUCAAUCAGCUCAGCAAAGAAGUCCAGUUCUCAUUGUAACCUCCCAAAUUUGUUAGUUUUAGGCAGAGGAGAAAUUAAUUAUGAGGCUUAUAGCAGCCCAUUAUCUGUAAAAACUUCUUGCAGUGCUGAUAGAGUGAUGCUCAAAAAACGUUCUUCAUGCCAGGUGCUUCCCUCUAGAAGCCGGAAAGUCUGGUGGAAACUCUUUCUAUGGAGCCACAGGAAUCUCCACAAGCUUAGCGCUCCUGCACAAUUCGUCUCAGUUGCUACUACUGCUAAUCAAAAAGUUGGAUACUCAUCUGAUACACAUGAACCUAGCCGAAAGCCUGAUAAAAUGAAAGAAAAGGCAAUAGAGAACCAGUGGGUUGCAUUUUCUUUGGAGUCUUCUCCUCGAGACAGAGUUAAUGCUUGGAUAAAUAGCCUUGCAGAUUGUACCUUCAAUGAUGAAGAAAUGGGAGCUGAAGGAACUAUUGGUCAUCAUCAUUUGGAGAUUGGGGAAUCCUCUGGGAAGAAUCAUUCUCACACUAGUCGACAUGCAAUUGAGGAGGUUAUGCGGGCUAACAAUAUUAUACAAUCCUUGAAUUCAUUUUCCUCAGUGGCUCAUAUCUCUUGCAUGGGACUUAAGGUUAUUCCUACCAUCUCUGCCUUUGGAAGCCUUAGAUCUGUCAAUCUCUCUGGAAACUGCAUAGUUCAUAUCUCUCCUGGUUCUCUUCCGAAGGGCCUUCACACCCUUGACUUAUCACGGAACAAGAUAGCAACUAUUGAAGGCCUCAGGGACCUUACAAAGUUGAGGGUUCUCAACCUAAGCUACAACCGCAUCUCAAGAAUUGGUCAUGGGUUUUCCAAUUGCACAAUCAUCAAAGAAUUGUACCUUGCUGGUAAUAAGAUAAGUGAAGUUGAAGGUCUCCAUCGUCUCCUAAAGCUUACAGUGUUAGACCUCAGCUUCAAUAAGAUAACCACAGCCAAAGCUUUUGGCCAGCUUGUUGCCAAUUACAAUUCUCUUUUGGCUCUCAAUCUUCUUGGCAAUCCAAUACAGAGUUGUGUAGGAGAUGAGCAGGUCCGGAAGACAGUUUUGAGUCUUCUUCCCCAUAUCACUUAUCUGAACAAACAGCAAAUAAAGCAGCAUAGGGUAAGAGAGGUUCCAACCAAUAGCAGUGUGGCCAAGGCAGCCAUUGGAGAUGCAGGAUGGAGUUUCCAGAGGAGGCAGGUGAGGCGGUUGGGUCAGGUCUCGGGCUCGAGCUCUUCAACCAAGAAGAAGAUUCGAUCGAAAAGGAAGCAACAACAGUCAUCCUCUUCAAGAAGGUAAACCUGGUAUUUAUGUCUUUAGAUUUGCAAUACCUUGCAUGUUUGUUGUUUGAUGGUUGCUAAUACUUAAUAUUGUAGUCACUUGGAGUUUAUAUUGGUUGAUGUAGACAAAUAAGAGAAUAAUGCUUUGAAUAACUCAUAGAUAUGAAUACUUUCAUUUGGGAUUGUCAGAA